AUGGCCGAGCUCGGCGCCAAGCUGAAACGACAUGCCAACAUGUCUGCAAAACUGACAUUCCUGGACCGUGGAAGGGCACAGAGUCGGAGUGCCUUCGACCCUUCGCCUUUUGCGAGGGGCCUCUCACCCGAAGACGUAGGGAACCUCUCGCCGGAGCACGGGCGCCUCUCCGCGUGCGGCACUGGGUUGGAGGAUUGGAAGCGCUGGGGCCCGUAUGUGAGCGAGCGGCACUGGGGUACGUGCCGUGAAGACUACGCCGGCCAUGGAAACUCCUGGAUCUACUUGCCCUUCGAGGCGGCGCACUAUGUGGCAUAUCGCUGGGGCGAGGACGGCCUGGCUGGCUGGUGCGACCGGUCCAUGCACCUUUGCCUGGGCUUGGCUUUGUGGAAUGGCAAGGCGAGAUCACAAGCUGGGCGCGCCAUGGCAUUUGACUGGACAGUCCUGUGGAAUCAAGUUCUGGCGCUUGCCAUGAACUUGCAGUUGCUUGACUGGAUCUGGUUUGUCCGCCAGGUGCUACGCAGACCCGCUCCACCGCUCUUCACAACAAGCGAAGAACAGGCAAAGUUGCAAACCGAGAAGGAGGACUGUUGCCUGUGUCUCGAGAUCCUGGGGCCUGGAGGUGUGGACCAGCUGCGGGCUUUGGUGGGUCCUUGGGCAGUCUGCGGCUACAACCUGAUGCAGGAAUUCGGCAGUCAACGGCUGUCCUCUCCUCCUCAGCCGAUUCGACCCGAUCUUCUCGUGGUGCGGAACAAGGCCUUCAGCAUUAACUACGCGGACAUUUGCAUCCGCUGGGGGCUCUACGAAUCAGCUCUGCGCUUCGUGGGCUGGCCUAUCAUCCCGGGCUUCGACCUCGCAGGCGAAGUGGAGCUGGCCGGGGAGGACUCGGGCUUCGCUGUUGGCGAUCGGAUUUACGGUUGCAGUUUCUUCGGCAGCUACGCGACCCGUGUCGUUGUGCCCAAGUCCCAAGUUGUGAAGAUGCCGGAGGGCCUGAGCUUCGAGGCGGCGGCGGCGCUUCCGUGCGUUUUCGCCACAGCCCUGCAUGCAGUGCACCUCUGCGGCGCCUGGCCCUCCGAACUCCUGGGAAAAGGCAGAGACGCCUUGGUGCACUCAGCGGCUGGAGGUGUCGGAGAUAUGCUUUGCCAGAUUCUGCGCAUUUGUGGGCUUCGCGUGGUUGGCAUCGUUGGACAGCCGAGCAAGGUUAAGUCCUGCAAGGCAGAUGUCGUCAUCGACAAGUCCAGCGAUGACUGGGUGAAAGCUGCCCGGCAGCAUGCACCCAACGGCUAUCGUGCCAUCUUCGAUGCCAACGGCGUGGCCACUCUGAAGGCCUCCUACGAGCUCCUGGCCAGGAACGGCCGCUUGGUCGUGUACGGCUUCCACUCCAAUUUGCCGAAGUGCGAUGGCGGUCUCGGGACCCUUUCGCCAUGGAACUGGGUCAAAAUGGCUCUGGACCUCGCAAGGACGCCACGCUUCGAUCCGAUGGACCUGACCCUGGACACAAAGGCCGUUCUGGGCUUCAACUUGAGCUUCUUUGCCGAUGAGACAGAGACUUGCGGCAAGUACUUUGCACAGAUGGGAGAGUGGCUGGAGUUGUACUACUACCUGGAUGCCACGCCUACUCACAGCUACAUGAAAAUGCUGUACAAGUAUCCACAGGCAGCGUAUCCCUAUGAUGAGCUGCGGCGGGUGAACUUCGAAAGGAAGCAGGAUCCGAUGCUGCUGGAGUAUGAGCUGCUUGACACGGGAAUCCUGGACAAUAACAAGUACUUCGACGUCGUCGUCGAGUACGCGCAAGCCGACGUAGACGACACGCUGGUGCAGAUUACAGCAUACAACCGUGGAGACGAGGAGGCGGAGCUGUGUCUCCUCCCGCAGGCCUGGUUCCGCAACACCUGGUCUUGGAAGACGGGCAGCGCCAAACCCGCCAUGAAGUAUGUCCCCAAGUUUCGGAUGAUAGAGAUCACGCAUGAUGUGCUUGGCAACUUCCAUCUGCAUGUGGAUGGAGAUCCAGAGGUGAUCUUUUGCGAGAACGAAACCAACGAUCAGCGGGUGAAGGGAGGCGCGCUGAGCCCCUACAAGGAGCCGGCGCCCGUGGAGCAAAGCAAGGCCGAGUCGGUCCCAGGGGACCAUCGGAGCCUGGAGCCCAAUGCUUGGUUCGCCAUUUGGCGCAGAUUCGGCGGAAACCUGGGCCCGGAGCCUCCGAAGUACGGCCAGGAGACGGGCCUGGACCAGGGCUUCCCACACCACCUCAGCCACGCCAAAGGACCUUUCAAGGAUGGCUUUCACGAUUAUGUCAUCCGCGGCGACAAGGCAGCCGUGUCCACCAGCAACGGGACCAAAGCAGGCCUGCUAACGAGGCACAAAGUGGCCGCAGGCAGUCACGUGAGCUUUAGAUUGCGCUUGACCUGUGCGGACAAGAGCUUCCCACCCAACGGGGCCUUCUUGGACUUCGAUGCGACCCUCCAGUCCCGGAGGGAUGAGACCGACAGGUUCUAUGGCCUCCUGCAGGAGGACAUUACAUGUCCCGAGCGGCGCCUUGUCCACCGCCAGGCUCUCGCUGGCAUGGUCUGGACCAAGCAGUUGUACUACUACGACAUUCGAUCCUGGCUUUCAGGUGACGAGGGUCGUGGAAAGCCCCCAAGCCGUGGUGGCCGGAACGAAGACUGGGACCACCUCUACAAUGCCGAUGUGAUCUCCAUGCCGGACAAGUGGGAGUAUCCCUGGUAUGCCACAUGGGAUUUGGCCUUCCAUUGCCUUCCGCUGGCCCUAGUGGACGCCCAGUUUGCCAAGUUUCCAGCCUACGAGUGGAACUUCAACGACGUGAACCCACCCGUGCAUGCAUGGGCGGUGUGGAGAGUCUUCCAGAUGGACCGCAAGAACCGGGCGGACGAUGGAGACUUGAGUUUCUUGGAAGAGCUCUUCCACAAGCUCAUGCUCAACUUCACGUGGUGGGUGAACCGCAAGGAUGCCGAGGGGAGGAACAUCUUUCAGGGUGGCUUCCUAGGCCUAGACAACAUUGGUGUGGUGGAUCGUAGCCAGCCAUUUCCCAAUGGUGGGAUGAUCAACCAAUCUGAUGGCACGAGCUGGAUGGCCUUCUACAGCCUGACGCUGAUGCGCAUGGCUUUGGAGUUGGCCCUCCACAACCCCGUGUACGAAAGCAUUGCCUGUAAGUUCCUGGAGCACUUCCUUCACAUCGCCCGCGCCAUGACAAGAUUGGCAGACAAUGCCGAGCACGGCCUUUGGGAUCCCGUGGAUGAGUUCUACUAUGAUGUGCUGGCCAAUCCGGACGGAAGUCGUGAGCCGAUCAAGCUGCGUUCCAUCGUGGGCCUGAUCCCGCUCUUUGCAGUAGAGGAUAUGCUGAAGAAGCUGCCGCGCUUCGCCAGCCAGACGCCGCAACGCUCAGAGCGAGCGAUGGGAGUUUGGCUUUGGGCUUUUCGGGAUUUCGAGGGCAAGACUCAGGCAAUGGCUUUUCGACAACCGCCCCGACCUGGCCUGCUUGGUCUCGCGCUUUGUGGAGGCCAGAAGGGCCAGAGAGCCUCCUGGGAUGGCACUCACAUGUUUUCCGUGCCGAUCAACUUGUGUUCUUUCACGCAGCCUGGCCGCGGCGAGCGCCGGCUCCUCUCCCUUCUGCGAGGAUACAGGAUGCGUGCCUUGCUGAAACGGAUGCUCGACCCGGCCGAGUUCCUCUCGGACUUCGGCAUACGAGCACGGUGCCCAGCGGCCCAGCAGCCGCGGCGGGGACCCAGAGAGGAGAUGGCCAUGUCACGGUUUUGCCUGUUGCUUGCCUUGAUGGCUUCCACUCGAGCCUCUUUGGGGCAGCUUGACAUCUGUGAUGUGCAUAGCAAAGAUCCGUCAGGGAAUCUGCAUGGUGCGCUCGUUUCAGCCGCGAUGAUUACCAACGAUGCCCUUCUUGCAUCGGUGAAGCUGCUGGCCUCGGAUCUGGAUGGCACUCUCCUGGACCCGCAUCACAAGCCGGCACAGGGCACCUUCGAGGCGAUUGCAGAGUACCAGCGCGCCGGCGGUUCGUUCGCAGUCUGCACAGGACGAGACCUAGGUUCCGCUCGAGGUGUGCUCAAGGGCCUGGACAUCGAUGUAAUGCCGGGCGUUUACUUGAACGGUACCACAGUCAAAGGCAAAGGCGGGGAGCUGCUGCGGAACCUGACACUGCCCGUGGAGCUCCUGCACCGCAUGGUCGCUUGGGGCCGAGACCACCGGGACAAGGCCUCCAUCCUUUUCGUCGAGGGCGACGCGCACUACGUCAUGGACCGCUCCGAGGAGUACGCCUUGUUCAUGCACAAGCACCUCCUGGACCCCGACCCGCUGGAGGUGAAGGGCGGCUGGAAGGAGGAGAAGCCGGAGAUCCCUCUGAAGGUAAACAUGAUGCGCGUCAUCUGCAGCCCGGACAACAUGGACGAAAUCAAGCCCCAGGUGGCCGACUGCGUCAAGGGCUUUGCAAACUAUGCGCAGUCGCUGCCCACCACGAUUGACGUGAUGGCUCCUGGCACGAACAAGGCUGCUGGCCUCCAUGUCCUGCUGGAGGCCCUUGGCCUGAGCAUGGCCGAGGUGUGUGCCAUCGGUGACUCCGAAAACGACCUGGAGAUGUUGCAAUCCGUUCGCGUGGCCUGUGCCAUGGGCAACGCUGUGAAGAAGACCAAGGCAGUUUCGCACUUCGUGAUGCCCAAGAAUUUGGACAAUCCCGCAGGUGUGGUUUGCCUCCUGCGCUCUCUUACCAAAGCACUCGGCUCUGGUGGGCCCACCCAGGGACCCUCGACGCCGUUGCAGACCCUGCGAGUCGCCUGCUUCUGCUGCGGGUCCUGGGGCACAGGCGUGGCGCGGCAGGUCGGCCAGAGCUUGCUUCACUUGCCCCGCUUCGAGGAGCCGCUGCCUAUGUGGGUGCCGAGUGCGGAGGUGGCCUCGCAGAUCAACGAAACGGGCGUUGACGAGGCGAAUUUGCCCGGUCUCCGGCUGCCAAAGAACGUCAAGGCGACGGCGGAUGCAGCAGAGGCUGCCAAGGAUGCAGACUUGUUGAUUUUGGUGGUGGCCCGGGAGAACAUGGCAGACCUUGUAGAGCAGCUCAAGGGCAAGGUCAAGCGCACGGCCACAGCAGUCGUGAUGUCGAAGAUCCUCAUGCCGUGCCCAGAGAAGCAAGGGCUCCGCUUCGGCAGUGAGUUUGUGAGCCAGGCACUGGGUAUCCCUGCAGCUGUGCUCAUGGGCGGGACACUGGCUGCGGAUGUGGCCCGCGGGUAUUUUGCCGAGGCGACCGUGGGCUGCAAGGACCCGGAGGUGAGCAAGGUCUUGCUCGAGCUCUUCAACAAGCCGAAUUUCUCAGUCACCAGUCUACCCAGCCCAACGGCCGUGGAGCUCUUUGCGGUCUUGAAGGCCAUCAUCGCCGUGGGUGCAGGCUUCUGCGAUGGCCUCGGAUUGGGUCACAACUCCAAGGCCGCAGUGAUCCGUCUUGGGGCUGUGGAGCUGGCGAAGUUCGCGCAGCGCUUCUACCCUGAGGAGUCGUCCAAGGAGGCCCUCACGGAAGCUUGUGGGAUAACUGACAUCAUCGCCUCCAGCUAUGGCGACUCGCGCACGAGGCGCUGCGCCGAGGCCUUCGCCAAGGAGCCGCACAAGGACUGGGAGGAGGUGGCGCGCGAGAAGCUGCGGAGCGGGGAGCCCGCGGGCAUCUCGGUGCUUCGGACCUGCGCUGCCUUCGUGCGCUCGCACCGUGCGGAAAGCGAGUUCCCCUUUCUGAGCAAAGUGGAUGAGAUCUGCCAGCAGAAAGCCAAACCGGACACCCUGACGCAGAUGGCCGUUCCCAGGGUCCGUGCCUCCAAGGCUUUGAAGGUGGCAGUGCUGGGCUCCGGCAACUGGGGCUGCGCCAUCGCCAAAAUCAUUGCACGCAACGCCUUGCAGCGCACCGAGUUCCAAAAGGUUGUAUCUAUGUGGGUGCAUGAAGAAAUGGUGGAAGGCCGCAAGCUUACGGACAUCAUCAAUGAAGACCACCAGAAUGUGAGAUAUUUGCCGGGCGUCGAAUUGCCUCACAACUUGCACGCUGAGCCGGAUGCAAAGGCGGCCGUCAGGGAUGCUAGCAUUCUGGUCUUCGUGCUUCCGCACCAGUUCCUUCCUGGCCUGCUGAAGACCAUCAAGGACGUGGUUCUCCCCGAUGCCGUGGGUGUCUCGCUGGUGAAAGGCUACCUUGAGGUCGACCGGCAGACGGGUUCGAUCACCACAGGCACCCAGCUCAUCGAGGCUGAGCUCAACAUCCCCUGCGCGGUGCUCAAUGGUGCCAACGUGGCCAACGAUGUGGCCCAUGACCACUUUGCGGAGGCCACUUUGGGCUGCACCAGCGACCGGACUCAGGUCCUCUGGGACCUGCUCAACACCCCGCAGUUCAGUGUGCGCACUACACCGGACGUCUUGGGCGUGGAGCUCUUCGGUGGGUUCAAGAAUGUGGUGGCCCUGGCCGCGGGCUUCUCAGAUGGGCUUGGGUUCCCGCCGAACACCAAAGCUGCCAUUCUGCGGCGCGGCCUCCAGGAAAUGUCCAAGCUCAUCCAGGAGCUAUACCCCACCUCCUCGACGGACACACUCCUCGAGAGCUGUGGUCUUGCCGACCUCCUGACGACCUCCUACAGCGGCCGCAACCGCAUGUGUGCCGAGGCCUUUGCCCGGGACCCAGCGAAAAGCUGGGAAGACAUCGAGGCGGAGCUUCUGUCCGGCCAGAAACUCCAGGGGCCAUCGACCUGCAUGGAUGUUUGGGCCAUUCUUGAGAAGCGAGGAAUUGACAAGAAGUUCCCACUCUUCACGGCCAUCCACCGUGCAGUGACCAAAGAGAUCACGCCGGAGGGCGUCUUCAAGUGCAUCGGCCUGGGACUCUCGAAGUACCACGACAAGCAUCCCUACGCCUUCGGUGAUGGGCCGCCUUUGCAGUACGCGCCUGCAGAGGCGACGGUCGUCAUCAUGGGCGGCAACUCUAACUGGAGAGGUCCCGUGUGGUUUCCGAUCAACUACCUGCUCAUCGAGUCAUUGCAGAAGUUCCACCAGUACUAUGGGGACGACUACCUGAUCGAGUGUCCCACAGGCUCUGGCAACAAGAUGAGCAUUCUCAAAAUUGCCGACGAGCUAUCGGAGCGGCUCAUCAAGAUCUUCUUGAAGGCGGAGGAUGGCCACCGGCCGGGCAUGCGGCUGCACCCGAAGAUGCGGGAGGAGCACUUCGACCAGAACCUCCUCUUCUACGAGUACUUCCAUGGCGACAACGGCCGGGGGGUGGGAUCCUCACAUCAAACCGGCUGGACGGGUCUCAUUGCCAAGCUGAUCCAGGCACGUGGCCGAGAGGACGCACAUGAGAGCUGA